AUGACCAUGGAGGUUAAACAACGUCGUGUUAAAGUGUACCAAUUGAGUAGGGAAAGCGAAUGGUUGGACAAAGGUACCGGCUUUUGUACCUGUUUAGUUAACGAGGCAAAGGAUGAUGCAUGUAUCAUCGUACGUUCUGAAGAGGAUACCGCUGUUUUAUUACUGAAUUCUCGAAUAAUGAAAGAUCAUGAUUAUCAAAAACAACAAGAAGAUAAUUAUACUGUUUUACCUAAUAUUUUUAUUCUUAUUUAUUUUAUGAUAGACACGCUAGUAGUGUGGACUGAACCUAAUGGAUUGGAUUUGGCUUUAAGUUUUCAGGAAGCUGAGGGUUGUACAGAAAUAUGGGAGUUUAUAUCGGACAUUAAACUUCGUAUGGGCAAUUCAAAUUCUAGUGAUACGCGAUCCAGUCCUCCACCAGACCCAGAAAUACCAAACAUGUCAAUAAAAUUACCGGAACCGACUUUAUCUAGUUUAGAAGAAAUUGAAACAAUAAUUAAAGUUUCAAGUCGUUCCAUUUAUGAACGAGAAAAGUUAGCUACGUUUGUUACUCAGGGUUACAUUGCUAAAUUAUUACCUCUACUUUCGGAAUGUGAAGAUCUUGAGGAUUUAAAAGACUUACAUAGGUUAUGUAAUAUAAUGAAAGGCAUUAUAAUGCUUCAAGAUAGCGAAAUUUAUGAAUUUAUUUUACGCGACGAUGUAAUUAUGCAGGUUGUUGGAAUGUUGGAAUAUGAUCCUGAAUUCCCUGCUUACAAGGCUAACCAUCGUCAAUAUCUAGCAGAUAAUUCAAAAUUUAAAGAAAUUGUCAAAAUAAAGGAUAAGACGAUCGAAACAAAAAUUCAUGAAACUUUUCGUCUUCAAUACCUUAAAGAUGUAGUGUUUGCACGUGUAUUCGAUGAUCCAACAAGUUCUAUACUUUCAUCGCUUAUUUUAUUUAAUCAUGUUGAUAUUUGCAAACAUAUUUCACAAGAUGAUGAAUUUUUGGAAGAACUUUUCAAUAUUCUUAAUGAGGAAGAUGGUUCACCAAAACGUAAACAUGAUGUCAUCAUGUUUGUUCAACAACUCUGUUUCAUCGCAAAAAGCAUUCAUUUACCACAUAAAAAAGAAUUAUAUAGGUUGACUGCUGGUGGUGAAAUAUUAGCGUCUCUUUUGGAUACAGAUGCAAGUAUUAUUAGAUCUCAUAUUGUGAAACAAGCUGAGGAUAAAAAGAAAACUUUGGCGGAAACGAUUAUUGAAAGAUUUAUUCAAGAUCAAGAUUUGGGUGUAAAAGCUCAAUAUGCUGAAGCACUUCGACUUUUAUUAGAUAUGAAUGCUGGGUUAUCAGAGAUGGGUUUUAUAGUUCCUCCAGAGUCAUUACCUCUACUUCAACCUAAACAUGAUGAUGACAUUGAUAAUUUUUUAAACUUAUUUUAUGAAGAGCUGAUAUCAAAGAUGGUAAAACCCGUUUCAGAUUUACCAGAUUUUGAAAAAGAAGAUGAGGUUCUUAAAUUAUCUUCUGACGUAGCAGCAUUAUGCUUUCAUAUAUGCGAGCUCUUGUCAUUUGUUAUCAAACAACAUACUUUUAGAAGUAAAUAUUUUGUAUUAUCGACUGAUAUAACAUCAAAAAUAAGCAUUUUAUUCAGAAGUCCUGAAAAGUAUUUAAAAUUAGGUAUGAGGGAAGAUUUUUAUAAUAGAUAUCUAGUACGUAAUAAUCUUUUCGAUCCCAUAAUACACGUGUUUAUGGAAACGAAAGGACGGGAUAACUUAUUAAAUUCAGCAUUUCUUGAGCUAUUUGAUUUCAUACGAAAGGACAAUAUUAAAUUUCUUAUAAAUCACAUAAUGGAAAGGCAUGGUGAACAAUUAUUAAAAAUUGAUUAUGUUGACACUUUUCAACAACUUCAACUUCGUUAUGAACAAAAUAAAGAAAUCCUUAUUAGUGGAUCAGAUAAAUCACCAGGAGAAUCUAGUCAAAAUCAAAGCAAUAUACGUCCAGGUCGUGGGGGUUGGUCAUCUGCAAUAGGGGAUGAAGAUGAAGAAGCAUAUUUCAAUACAUCAGAUGAAGAAGAUAAUAUUAGUAAUACAUCUGGUGAAUGUUCGAAAAUUAGCACAAUAAAACAAGAUGAAGAAUCUAAAGAAGGAUCACUAUCUGAAGAUGAAUCAAAGGCAUCAGUAGAUUCAAAAGAUGAUUCAAAAGAUGAUUCAAAAGAUGAGUCAAAAACUAGUGUAGGGACAGUGGGAUUGGUUGACUAUCCAGAUGAGGAUGAUGAUGAAAAUGUGAAAAAGAACAUUGAUGAUGAGACAGCCCUUUCGUCAAAUGGGUCCUCUCCCAAGAAAGGUGGAUUGAAGAUCCUACGGUCGUCUCAGACUUUGAGGCCGAAAAUGAAGAAGGCACGCACAGAAUAA